AUGGAAGCAAUCCUUAAAGUAUGGAACGUACGAACAACUGGCACACGGAAAAUCAGACAUUACGUAAUUCUACUCAAUGAAGGCAUGCAUUUAUGCACUUGUCUUCUUUUAAUUAAUAAGAGAUUGGUAUAUCGGCACUUUUUCCGUGUUGGUACCUACUCUAGAUUCGCCACCUUCCACAUAUGUAUGAUUCCAAAUCGAUGGUAUAUAAAUCCUGAUGUUGAACUGAACGAUCUCCUACAACAAUAUCCUUUUAUCCCAGUAUGUGAUAAGAUACAAUCAGAAGAUAACAUACCAUUCAAAAAUCCUAUCACUUUCCAACAUUUCUUUUCUAUUCAGAUUGAUUCACACGGCUCUCAACCAUCUCAACCAGCCGUAAACUCGCCUAAAACUAUGUACGCAGAAUUGGCUAGAUUAUUGAAAAAGGCUAUUGACUAUGCCCUUAAAAGUGAUAAGCAACAAGAAUUGUUAAAUAUUUUCAAGGCCUUUAUUUAUGAUGUAAAGAGCGAACUGGAACCGGAAAACUUUACUGAUGUUAUUAAUCCCAAGCAUAAGGGUCAGCCACCGAAAAGGCUAAUAUCAAGCGUUGAAAAGGUUUUAAAUAGAGAAAAACGGGUUCUAAAAGAUGUUAGCAAUAGUAAUGUAAUAGAAGACAACAAUACUUCAAAUAUUAUAGAAGACUUUACAAAUGAUACAAAAGGUCAAAAGUGCAGUAAAUGUAAGCAGUAUGGGCAUUACGCAAAGACAUGUCAAAAUGUUAUUUAA